AUGGCUGAGACAUUCCAGGUUCGGUUCCAGACCACCACAAUAAUUUGCUUCUGCAGGAAGCAUUUAUGGUGGUUUGGUCUGCAAGAAGUUCGUAAAAGUACACCAAAAUUUGGUACAACUGGAUUACUCUGCAUCAGAAUCCAUCCUGUGCUGGGACAUCCAGUAGUGCUUUUCAUCCCUGAUGAUGUGGCUGGCGUGGGCUUGUUGGGAGAGCUGAUACUGACCCCAGCUGCUGCUCUGUGUCCCUGCCCGAGGGCCUUUUCCAACCAGCUGAAUAGGAUUUCUUCAGUUUCUAUAUUUCUGUAUGGACCUUCAGGUCUGCCUCUGAUGUUGCCAAGCCAGGAGCAGCCAACAACUACUGUCUUCAAAGAUGCCUCGUAUUUCAUAGACUGGAAGAAAUACCACUUGUGUGUGGUGCCCAAUUUGGAUCUCGAUUUGGAUCGAGAUUUGGUGCUUCCAGAUGUGAGUUAUCAGGUGAAAUCCGGUGAGGGGGAUCAGUCUCAACAUAUGGACCCUCAGGGACAAACUCUGCUGCUUAUUCUCUUUGUGGAUUUCCACAGCAGAUUUCCAGUCCAGCAAACGGAGCUCUGGGGAGUCCACACUUUGCUCACGACGCAUCUCAGUACCAUCCUCAGGGAGAGCCGUGGCGUGGUGCAAGAUUCCAUCCAGGUCGCUGUGGACCAGGCCUUGGAGCAGCAUCACCAGGCUGCCAAGGCUCAUCAGAAACUGCAGGCCUCCCUCUCAGUGGCUGUGAAUUCCAUCGUGAGUGUCGUGACUGGCAGCACCAGCAGCAGCUUCCGAAAGACCUGCCUCCGGGCCCUUCAAGCAGCUGACACACGGGAACUGGGGACCAAACUGCACAAAUCAUUUCAUGAGAUCACCCAGCACCGAUUUCUUCACCACUGCUCAUGUGAGGUGAAGCAGGAGCUGCUUCCAGAGAAAAAUGAUGCAGAGAGCACAGAGGAUGCACAUGAGAACAGCAGCCUGGAGCUCCUUGAAGGGGCCAGCGGGCAAGUAGAAAACAAGAGACUCAAGAAAGGCAGUCUCCGCCAAGUCGUGGAGGAGACGCAGGCUUUCCACUCUGCCAGGGCCCCGAGCGCGUCAGAGGCUGCCCUGCGGAGCGCAGAGCCCCUGGAGGCCGCCUUGACCCCUAGCGGAAGCAGGGCGGGCCUCGGGAGGAGCCAGGAGGACGCGCUGUGGCUGCAGGAGGUCUCCAACCUGUCGGAGUGGCUGAGUCCCGACCCCUGAACCGAGCCCUCUCCCCUCGGGUCCACGCGGGC